AUGGAACAGUCUCCUAGUGUUGAUGAACAAGUCUAUACUCCUGAUAUUUAUGAUCCAAGAAAUUGGGAUAAUCUUGACAAUAAAGCAAGAGAUGUAUUAGUUGAGAAAGGGCCAAUGAGAGAGGAAGAGAAUAAAAUGGAAUACCGUGUAGAUGAUGCAGGAAGACAUUUUUCCUAUGCUCACUAUCAUAGGAAAUUAAGCAAUGGAGAGAAACAUGAUAGAAAAUGGCUAGUUUAUUCAGAAGGUGUUGACAAAGUUUUUUGCUUUUGUUGUAAGAUCUUCAAGUCUAGCAGUAGCAGGAGUCAGAGUUCCUUAGCACAUGAUGGAUUAGAUCAUUGGAGGCACAUUAGUGAGAAGCUUAAAGAACAUGAAAAUAGUGUUGAUCAUAUUAAUAACAUGAACAAGUGGAAUGAAUUAAGGAUUAGACUACGGAAAGAGGAAACUAUUGACAAGGACUUGCAGCAUCAAAUAACAAAGGAGAAAGAACGUGUCAGGCAAGUUUUGUUAAGAAUAAUAGCCAUUGUGAAAUAUCUUGGUAAACGCAACUUGGCUUUUCGCGGAAACAGUGAGCAACUUUACAAGGAUGAUAAUGGUAAUUUCUUAGCUUGUGUUGAGAUGAUUGCAGAAUUUGAUUUGGUAAUGCAAGACCACCUUAGACGUAUCCAGAACAAAGAAAUUCAUUAUCAUUAUCUCAGUCAUAAAAUUCAGAACGAGUUGAUAUCUCUUUUGGCUGCUGACAUCACAUGUUCUAUCAUAAAGGUUGUUAAAGAGGCCAAGUAUUUCUCUGUUAUCCUAGAUUGUACCCCUGAUCGCAUAUAUAUAUUAUUUGCUGGUUCUACGAAAAGGUGGAAUGUUUUGCUUAAACAUGUUCCUAGUUUGACUGUGAAAUCAUUGUCUAACACUCGCUGGGAGAGUCGAAUCAAAAGUGUUACAGCAAUAAGAUAUCAAGCCAUUGAGUUAAGGUCAGCUUUGUCUGAGUUACGUGAUGCUUCUGACACUGAACCUAAGGAUAAAAGCGACGCAAAAAAUUUAUUUGAUGCACUUGGUCGCUUUGAGUUUCUAGUUGGUAUGAUUAUCUGGCAUGAUAUUCUGUUUGCUGUAAAUAAAGUUAGCAAGAUGCUGCAAUCGUCAACCAUGUGUAUUGACUCUGCUUUGAAGCAAAUAAAAGGUAUAACAGAAUAUUUUGAGAAGUACAGAGAUGAUGGGUUUUCUUCAAGUUUGACCAUCGCCAAAGGUAUUGCGACUGAAAUGGGAAUUGAUCCCGUGUUUCCAAUGAAACGUCAUGCUAAGAGGAAGAGACAGUUUGGUGAAAGUGAUUGUCAAGAAGAAAUUCUAGAAGCUGAGAAGGCUUUUCGUGUUAAAUAUUUUUUUGUUUUGGUUGAUAUGGCGGUCACUUCUUUGAAGGAUAGAUUUAAAGAACUAAUGGUGUUCAAAGAUAUCUUUGGAUUUUUAUUGAGCUCGGGCACCCUAGUCAUUAAGUGA